AUGGCCGUGCCCGUCUUCUGCAACUCCUGCCUGGGCGAGCCCCGCGCCCCCACGCCGCGGUUCUGCUUCACCAACUGCGGCCACGUUUUCUGUGAGGUUUGCCUGCAGAAAGGCAAAAAAGAUGAAUGUCUGGUCUGUAGGAGGGCUUGUCGUACCUUAGUCCUUUCAAAAGAGACAAGUGCUGAUAUUCAAUCACUGUUCAUGCCAAUAGAUGCGUUAAGCAAGAAAUAUUCAAAAGAAAUAUCACAGGUAUCAGAAUUUCAAGAAAAAUAUCGUAAGCGUUUAUUAAAAUACCACAAACAAAAGAUAGCAAAGCUGGAAGAGUCUCUCAAGAAAGUAACACAACAAAUUCAACAGCUACAAUGUAUGAAGCCUCCUGAAAACACUACACCGCUGCCAUUUUCCAGUUCGAGCAGAAAUCCAUCCAUUGCUUCAAGGAAACAGAAUGUUUAUUCUUCAUAUUCUCUUCAUUCGAGUCGUCCUUCCACUUCUGAAACGAUGGAGGCAAUGGAGAUUGAUCCUGUACCUUCACCAAUGAGGAAACUGGAGACACCAACUGGUCCAACAAGAUUAUCAGUAAUAACUCCACCACAGGACGGACGUAUGGGGAGUGUAUCCUACAGGACUUCUCAGAUAGCUCUAAUAAAGCCAAGUCAGAGUAGUGGAACAGGAUCUACAAGAUCCACCCCUGCGCUGAGAUUACCACACAGUUCCUGUCCAUCAUCAGCUGGAUCCCAGAGCAGCCAGAGGGGAUCAUGGGCUAAUUCUGAUUUCAGAACCCCUCAGCUGUAUCCAUUUACAUCACCUUCCCCACAGCUGCCUCUGUCCAGGCAGCCAAUCACCAUCUCUGGGCUUCUGCAGAGACAACAUCUAGGAUCAGCUAAUUUAGGAGGACGUUCAGCAGAGAGAUGA